GGUCCAGAUUCACUCAUUAGGUGAUCUUACCAUGUAUGGCCACAUUUACAGGAAUAGAAAUAAAGAUAAAUUACGGUUAAAAGAUUAACAGAAAUCUAAAGUCCAAGCAGGAAACUCACCCCACCCUGUGUGAGAGGAGGAGAUAAAACAAGUCCCACUGGUUAUAGAGAGAGAGUAAAGUUCAGUUUCGUUUCUUGUUCCUGAUUUCAGUGAUGGCGGCUGCUGAUCUGAGAGACGAGCUGAGCUGCUCCAUCUGCCUGAGCAUUUAUACUGAUCCUGUAUCCCUGCCGUGUGGCCAUAACUUCUGCCAGGUCUGUAUUGGGAAAAAAUGGGGCACCAAAGUGGACAGUUGUCUUGAAAAAACAUCUUGCCCUAAAUGUAGAAAAAGAUUUAAAAGGAGACCUGAACUGACAACAGACUGGAAGCUGCGUGACCUGGUGGAGCGAUUCUGUCUGACUGAGGCAAAGUCACGGUUGUCUGGGAUUCCCUGCUCCUACUGUGACUCCCAUGUACCUGCUGUUAGAUCCUGUCUCCUGUGUGAGGCUUCUCUGUGUGAUACCCACCUGAGGGGGCACAGCAAGUCAGCAGAACAUGUACUGACCCAACCCACUGACUCCUUUAUGGGGAGAAAAUGUUCUGUACACAAUGAGCUCCUCAAGUAUUACUGCUGUGAGGAGUCUGUCUGUGUCUGUGUGUCCUGCUGUCUGGCCGGAGAGCACAGGGACCACAGGGUGGAGCUGCUGAGUGAGGCCUCUGAGAAGAAGAAAGAGACACUGAGGAAAGUUCUGGAGAAACUGAGGCCAGAGAGAGAGGAGACUGAGAGAGGAGCCCAGAGACUGCAGGAGCGCAGGAGAGAAGUGGCAGAAAAAGCAGCCGGUGAGACAGAGAGAGUCACUGCCCUGUUUAGAGACAUCAGGGAACAGCUGGAAGCCCUAGAGAAGCGACUCCUGAGUGACAUCUCCAGCCAGAAAGAGAAGCUCUCACUCACACUCACUGAUCUGAUGGAGCAGCUGGAAAUAAAGAAGGACGAGCUGUCCAGGAAGAUCCGUCACAUUGAGGAGCUGUGCAACAUGGCAGAUCCACUCACUGUCCUACAGGAACGGGAAUCACAUGGAGCUGCAGAUAAUGAGGGGGGCAGAGAGAGACAUGAUAUAAAGGUCCCUGCUGUAGGGGAUCUGGAUGUGGAUCUGAUCUCAGAGACAUUACUCACAGGUUUAGCUGCCAUUGUGACUGGGGUAAAGGGAAGGAUCUAUGGGCAGGAGGCUACAGACCUGUUACUGGAUAUAAACACGGCUCAUAAUCUUGUAUCUGUAUCAGGGGACAGGAAAUCUGCUUCCUACUCACUCACAGACCAGCGUCACCCACAAACCCCAGAGAGAUUUCAGGUUUCUCAGACUUUAAGCAGCAGGAGUUUCCCCUCAGGGCGACAUUACUGGGAAGUGGAGGUCAGUGAAUCAGGGGACUGGAGGGUAGGGGUGACCUAUCCCAGUAUAAAGAGGAGAGGGGGUCAGUCCUGGAUUGGGAAUAAUAACAAGUCCUGGUGUUUGUGGAGAUCGAAUAAUAAAUAUUCAAUGAGACAUGACAGUAAAGGCACAAAGUUACCCCACGUCCCUUCCUGCAGGAGAAUCAGGAUCUCACUGGACUAUGAGGCCGGACGUCUGUCCUUUUAUGAGCUGAGUGAGCCAAUCAGACACUUACACACCUUCACUGCCACAUUCACUGAGCCCCUUCAUGCUGCAUUCUGGGUAUGGUGGGAUAAUCAUGAUGGUGCCUGGGUGAGAAUCAUUAGUUAGGGAACUGCCCAGCAUUAAAGGGGUUGUUCACCUUUGAGAUUAGUAUGAUGUAGCGAGUGAUACAAUUUGCAAUUGGUUUUCAUUUUUUAUUAUUUGUGGUUUUUGAAUUAUUUAGCUUUUUAUUCAGCAGCUCUUCAAUUUGCAUUUUAAGCAAUCUGCUUGUUGUUAUAUCUGCAUCAUUCAGUGUGGGCUUAAUGCAAAGAUUACAAAUCCAAUUUGCAGUGGAGAUUCAGUUUUAUUCAUUGUACACUUCUCAUUCCUUCCUCUGCUUUCUCUCUCAUGUGGGCGCCAUGUUAAUGUUGGGCAGUCAGUCCUGUCUCUAGAUGGUGCCAGAUUGUCAUGUUUUCAGUCUGUUGCCUGAUUAUUUUGGGAUGGACAAAGGCUGGACAUGGGGCCACAGAUAUCAGACUGACCCAGUUGAGGUUACCACCUAGCUUGUAUAUUAAGAGCUUGACUUGUAUAAAAACCUGCUGUAAUUAGGAAACAAAGAUAAAUAGAUUCAAUUAUAAUAAGGGGGAUUUUUUUACAAAAGGUGCCUAGUUUAUCUGCUGUUAUAGACUGGCAAUGUUGCAGGUUUUGGGGGGAGUUAGAUCCUUUGGGCCUAGGGGGGAUAUCCAGUCUUUAAUGUAAAAAUGCAAUGAACUUUUUCUGUAAUAUACAGUAUAUUGAAAAAGAUGUGUCAGUUACUGUAAAGCUAUCAGAAGUUAUAGAGACUUUCAUGCCUUUUCCUUGUUGUGACAAGUAACGUCUAAUAUGAUUAUAUUUGCAGUUGGUGUGGGGUUUUCAUAUUAUGCGCAGGUAAUGUUUAUAAUGCCAUGUUUAUAAUGUUCAUAAGUAAAACACAAUGAAUAUCCUGUUAAUGUUUUCCUUAUAAUCAGUGUUUCUAAUGAUUAAUCUGCUUUAUUAACAGAUUGUCAAAUGGUAAAUAAAAUUUAAAAAAAAAAGACUCCAUUAUAAUCAAAUAAUAAAAAAUUUGAAAAAUG